CAACAUCUUCUUAGCGAACCACGAUACGCCUGUCGGAGGGGGGCAGACUCUCUCGAAAGAAAAUGCCUCUGAUUCUCAUUUCGGGCUACCCAUCCAGCGGCAAGACCUUCCGAAGCACGCAACUGAUUCAAAACCUGCAACAAAAAAUCUCCGAAUCCCACGAGCCGCGAGUGAAACGCCUCAAAAUCCACCACAUUGACGACACUCGCCUGGGCCUCUCGCGCGAAGUCUAUGCCGCUGCGCGCGCGGAGAAAGAUGCUCGCGCCACGCUGUCGUCGGCCAUUAAGCGUGUGCUCGAUCGAGAUACCAUUGUCGUGGCAGAUGGGAUGAAUUACAUCAAAGGAUUUCGCUAUCAACUCUAUUGUGAAGCCAAAGCUGUACAAACGACAAAUUGUGUCGUUCAUAUCGGUACCCCGGCAGACAAGUGUCGUGAAUUGAACGAAUUGGCAUUGAAAUCCUCUUCCUCUUCCUCCUCGCCCUCUUCAUCCCCCACCACCACCACAUCAUCAACAGCAGGAGCAGGAGCACCAGCAGAAAAAAAAGGCUACUCCCCCUCCCUCUUCGAAAAUCUCAUUUUCCGCUACGAAGAACCCAACGGCAUGAACCGCUGGGAUUCCCCACUCUUCACCAUUCCCUUCGAAGACGCAGAAGGGCCCUACGAAGCCAUUUGGGAAGCCCUCAUCGGCUCCUCGGGACAAGCCAAAAUCGUGCGACAGAAUGCCGCUACCGUCCUCAAACCCGCUGCGGAGCAAGGGUAUUUGUAUGAAUUGGAUAAGACGACGUCCGACGUGAUUGCGGGCAUUACCGCGUGGUUGCAAGAUCAUGCGGGGGAAGGGGGUGGGGAGGUGAAGGUGGUGGUGGGGACCGCGGCUGCGGCGGAGGAGGAGAAGGAGGAGGAGGAGCAGGUGGAAGGGGGGUUGGUGGUGCAUUUGCCUGUGACGGCGCCUUCGCUGCCGCAGUUGCAGCGGUUGAGGAGGCAAUUCAUCACGUUGAAUCGGCAGCAUAGUUUGAGUAAAGCUCGCAUACGCCAUCUGUUUGUGGAUUAUCUGAAUGAUUCCUUUCAGAGCUGAUCUGAUGGAUGGGCAUGGAAUUGAAAUAUAACACGAC